AUGUACCCGUUCAUGUAUUCAUCCACAUAUCCAUCCACGUAUCCAUUCACGUAUCCAUCCCCAUAUCCAUCCACAUAUCCAUCCAUGUAUCCAUCCACACUUCCAUUCAUGUAUCCAUCCCCAUAUCCAUCCACAUAUCCAUCCAUGUAUCCAUCCACACUUCCAUUCAUGUAUCCAUCCAUGCAUCCAUCCAU